CAUUACUUUGAAGUUUACAAUGUCAUUAUUAUUUUACACUUUCUUACAUACAAUUGCGUUGGUAAUAGCCCAAAAAGAAGCGGCCCAUUGCGAAAAGGGAGAAGGAGGAGGAUCGAUCCACAGCAAUGGUAUCGGAACGGUCCUCUUCACAGCCGCAGAUGAAUUUAAACAGUGUUGGUCUCCAGACGAAAUAGCUAUCCUUACAGCCAGGAUGAUAAUGGAAGAUCUUUUACCCGAUGUAGCCAUCUUGAAUAUCGACAGUAACGGUUACGCUGAUGACAUCGUCGGAUAUUUCAGGUUACUUAUCGAAGUAGUUAAGAAAAGUACUCACGGUAGAAAGAAACGUAUUACUUUAUUAGUCUUAACUGAUAUACUCGGAGGAUAUCUUCAAUUUGCUGUGCUACCAAUAGCUAGACGAGCAUUCUACGCAGGUCUUAUUGAUUACAACAGCAUGGAGAAACUAAUUCAACUCUUUGAAGAAUUAAAAUGGUUCCUCAGAACCAACGGACAAGGUUGGUCGAAGCCGUUAGAUAGCACGCCGGAGUUCGAUAUACAGCAAAUCGAUUUCGAAACUGAAUCGCCAAAAGUCAAAAAUUGUUGUAAUCAAUUAAUAUUUUACGAAUACGAACACAAAAUCAAACAAGACAACAGAACAAUCACUAAAUCAGAUAUCGCUUAUCCCAUGCCAUUUUUUGACACCAGCGUGAAACCCUCGUCCAUUGCGGUACCGUUCAAAAAGUUUGCUAUGAGGAAUAUAGAAUCCAGAAGGGCUUCUUAUUUUUUAUUAAAGUUCUUCAUCACCGCCUGGCAGUGCUUGAACGAAAGAGGUUCUACUAAAGAAGCGAAAUUAAAGUUUCAAAAUAGUUUAUUUACUUGGCUGCAAACAAAUGUAAUACCCAAGAUCAAGGACGAUAAGUUCUAUUCUGCCUUCGGGGGAGUUUUAAGAGUUGUGGAAACUUUAAAAGCUAUGGGAGCCGUUACUCACGUGGAAAGUACUUGCGCGCCAGAGGGCGAGGAAGAAGUGGCGGUGCCAGAGUCUGGUUCGCGCAGAAGUUUUACCUCAACCGUCGUUUUAGUAGUAAUGUUGAUAAUAAUUUUCAUUUGGUUCAUCAUUGGUACGGCUUUUGUUUGCUUCAGAAUGAAAAAAGGGAAGAAAGGCGACGAUUCGCCAUCUAAGAAAUCAGAUUUUACAAGCACAGAGGAAAGUAAAUGGUCCGCUGGAUCCAAAGGUAGAUCAGACAGUAACAAAACAGACACUUCCAUUGGCAUAUGCAGAUGUUCUAACGGUAGCAGAACUUCUCCGUACAGUAGUUCGCUUACUAGCGAAUAUGAAAUUGAUGACAAAAAUAAAAAGAAGAGAUCGAAACAAUCAAAAGAAAAAUCAGUUACAAUAUGCUAUCCUCCAUUCAUGGCUCCUUAUAUGGAUGACAAACCUGCUACUAUAGAAACAAAAGCAACUAUGAAGAUGCUACCGUCAAUAGAAGAAAUGACCGAAAUAACCUCUCAUAGAAACGAUACCCGCAGUCAUCAGCGAACACGUGAUGAUUCGGCACCUUCGAGGACAUCAGAAGAAAAACGAGAUUUCAGAAAAUCUAAGAAAGACUACGACACCGCCAUUCCAUGUAAGCAUUACCCACAAACUUCAGGAACAAGUUCAUCUAGAAGACCGUCCUGGGAGAGCGUCCGGAAGAAAAUCAAACCUGGAACGAAAAUAGACGAAUGCUGGUGUGAUAUACUUGAGGAAGAAACCGAAGAAAUGGGAUCCGACGAAUUAAAAAAAUCGACAAGAAAAUCGAGCGUCGAAUUUGCGACGCAAAAUGUACCCGAAAGAGGUAAAGGAAAACGAGGACAAAAAGAAAGGGGGGCGAAAUCUGGAGAUUCGUCUCGGCAAAUGGCGACAACUAUGGAGGAUUCUAAUGUUAUAGAUUCUCAAAAAGAAGACCGGACCGUCCCGUCACAAAUGACAACUGGUGACGAGGAUUCCCCUAGAUUCCCUCAGACCAUCCAGGAAUCGACAGACGAAACUUCCGGCGUUACAGACAAAGAAGGAACGUCGCCUCACGCUUACGCUUGUCAUUCCAGUUUGACAGGAACCUACGCUAAGGAAAAAAUAAGGGGCGGAAAGCCCUACAUAUUCGGAUACGAUUUUCAGUCUUCGACUUCGUCCGAUUUGAGCGACGAAGAGACGACGGAUAAUAAAACGCCUACAUCUAAGUAAUAUUAUUUAUAUCGGUAUAUGGUAUAUGUAUAGUGAAAACAGUAUAAAUCUUUCAAUAAAGCUAGC